GAGUGCAGAUGUGGAUUUUUAUGUGAGUGAGUGUGUGUGUGAGAGAGAGAGAGAAAGAGAGGAAGAGACUGGUGGAGAGGGGUGUGAGUGGGAGGGUUAAGAGGAAAGGAGGAGAGUAAGGGAAGAUGCUGGCUGGGAGUAUAUUGCAGUUUGAAGAGCUGAGAGAGAGGCCAGCAGGUGAAUGACAGAUGAAGAGCAAGUAAGCGAGCUGAGAGGAGUAGCAGAGACAGAGCAGAAAACUGAGCUCAGGGAGGAGGAGGGGGUGCUUAGACGGAAACAAGAUGGGGCCGACCCCCGAAUUUCUGCACCACUAGAACACCAGCUGUUGCAGCCUGUACUGACACACAGCACCUCACCUCUCCACAAGACCACAGAUUUAUUUGAAAUGAUUGAAAAGAUGCAGGGUAGCAGAAUGGAUGAGCAAAGAUGCACCUUUCCUCCAACUCUGAAGACUGAAGAAGAUUACAUUCCAUACCCAAGUGUCCAUGAGGUGUUGGGGAAAAAAAGCCCCUUUCCUCUCAUCCUUCUGCCACAGUUUGGUGGUUACUGGAUUGAGGGAACCCUCCAUGAGCUGAGUGCAGCUGGGGACCCGGAGCACCACAGACCUCCGUCACCCAACAGCCGCACUAAACUGGAAUGUAACACAAUGGCUACACUCUACAGGAAACACUUCCUGGGCAAGGAGCACUUUAAUUACUAUUCACUGGACAGCUCCCUCGGACAUCUGCUGUUCUCCAUAAAAUAUGAUGAGAUUGGUGACCAGGAACAUCUCCGUCUAAUGCUGAGAACAAAGCUGAAAACCUAUCAUGAUGUGAUCCCCAUAUCCUGUCUAACAGAGUUUCCCAACAUAGUUCAAAUGGCCAAGCUCGUCUGUGAGGAGAUCAACGUGGACCGUUUUUAUCCUGUCCUGUAUCCAAAAGCUUCGAGACUCAUUGUCACAUUUGACGAACAUGUGAUCAGCAAUAAUUUCAAAUUUGGGGUCAUCUACCAAAGGUUUGGACAGACAACAGAAGAGGAGCUGUUUGGCAACAGUGAAGAAAGUCCUGCCUUUAUAGAGUUCCUGGAGUUUCUGGGAGAAAAGAUUGAAUUACAUAAUUUUAAAGGUUUCCGUGGAGGGUUAGAUGUGACUCAUGGGCAGACUGGCACAGAAUCUGUCUACUGCAACUACCGCAACAAAGAGGUCAUGUUCCAUGUGUCCACAAAACUGCCUUACACAGAGGGGGACACCCAACAGUUGCAGAGAAAAAGGCACAUAGGCAAUGACAUUGUGGCCAUUGUAUUCCAAGAGGAAAAUACUCCCUUUGUGCCAGAUAUGAUUGCCUCCAACUUUCUUCAUGCUUAUGUCGUGGUCCAAGUGGUCAACCCCUGCUCUGACAAUGUUGUCUACAAGGUUUCAGUGACAGCUCGUGAUGAUGUUCCUUUCUUUGGCCCCGCCCUUCCAAACCCUGCCAUAUUUAAAAGAGGCGCUGAAUUUCACGAGUUCCUGUUUACAAAGCUAAUCAAUGCAGAAUAUGCAUGCUACAAAGCGGAAAAGUUUGCUAAAUUGGAGGAGCGAACACGAUCAGCUUUGCUUGAAACGCUUUAUGAGGAACUCCACGUGAACAGCCAGGCCAUAAUGGGAGUUGGAGGAGAGGACGACAAACUGGAAAAUGGGAAUGCAGGAGGAGGGGGCUUCUUUGAGUCCUUUAAGCGGGUAAUUCGCGGUAGGAGCCAGUCAAUGGAUGCCAUGAGUCUAACUUUCAAGAAGCCAGUCUCCAAUAACCUGAUCAGCCACAGCCCUGCAGAGAGCCCUAAAUUCCCUGGUAUAUCAUUGCUUGUCCCAGGCAAAAGUCCCAGUAAAUAUGGACGCCGUGGCAGUGCCAUAGGGAUAGGAACAGUAGAAGAGUCUUUGAUUAUCCCGGGAAAAAGUCCAACAAGGAAAAAGUCAGGUCCUUUCAGCUCCAGACGAAGCAGUGCCAUUGGGAUUGAGAACAUUCAAGAAGUCCAGGAGAGAAGUAGAGAUACAUCUCCAAACACUCAGAAGACACCUGACAGUGGCCAUGUUUCUCAAGACCCAAAAUCUGACAAUUCAGAUCAGAGCUCUCCUGAGGUCCUCACAACCACAAAGAACAGCUCUUAUCUCUGUGGUAGGACCCCUUCCAUCCCUGAGGCCCAUGACCUCUCCCGCUCGUCCUCCAAUGCCAGCAGCUUUGCCAGUGUAGUGGAGGAAAAUGAGGCCGAGGCAGCAGAGGACUAUGACACAGGCAUGGAGAGUCUUUCAUCAGCUGGGACACCUCACAAGCGAGACUCCCUCACUUACAGCACCUGGUUGGAGGACAGCAUCAGUUGCACCAGCAACAGUCGUGGCAGCUCUCCAGGGCCCGGUAAAUCUGAUCGAGGGAAAGCCACCGACAUCCGAAUCAAGCUAGAACGAUCUCAUGACCAUCAGUCAUCAAACUGUUAGCCCACCUGAUGUAAUCCCAAAUCUCCAUCUUCAGCAGGUCCAUAAGUCUCACUGCUUCUAAGAACCAUGCAUGUGACGUGACAAGUGAAGAGAAGGAGGAUGAUGAUGAAGAUGAGAAAGAAAUAUCAGAAGGAGCCUGCAGUUGGCUGCUCAGGGAAGACACGCAUCAAUACCCAGAGGAUACUAGAAAGGGUUACGCACAAUAAGGGGCCAGCUUUUUACAUUGUUGUUUCCUUACACUCUUUUCUUUGCCUGUUCCCACAUCUGUUGCCUGGCUGUACAUUUUUUACCUGAUCUUUGUUGUAGAAGUGCACAAUUGAUCUCAAAAUAUAAAUAUUUGAUCUCUGAACGAUUUCACUUUUGUUUAGCUGUCUUGUUAAUGUCAUGGUGUACUGGCAAUAAAAAGUACAGAUUGUGCUCUCAGCUGUCAUUGUUAGGAUAGCUGCAGCCUAAAGAUACUGUCAUAAGCUAAUUUAAGGGGCAUAUAUCAUCAUAUUUACAAUUUCACCUUUUAAAAUUCGGCUUUUCGGUUCACAAUAGUAAUAUUCAUUCCCAUUUAUGAAGUAUAGCAAUCUGUAAAAAUGCAUGAAAGAAAGAAAAGGUCCACAAGACAGCCAAGAAUGCAACCAAAAGUUGCUAAGGAGUUAUGAUAUUGCGUAUGGAACCCUGAAAACAUUCAGGCAGAAGUGUGUAACACAACAGCCACCCAAAACAAAAAUAGUGAUGGCAAAGUCUCUAGCUUGCAUACGGGCUCAUUAGGUAAUGAUUUCUAUAUGAAUUUGUCCUGUGAGAAGAAGUCAGGAGAAAUACUGUCAGAGAGUAGCAAUGUGGAGACAUUGCUCCAUUGCCUUGCCCAUUUUGCCUGUAAUUCACUGUGGUUAAAUUACAGGCAAUUUUUGUCAAAGUUUUGUGUUUCGCCCACUUCAAAAUCCUCAAAAUCAUGAUCCAUAAACCUAAAAUCUUAGUAGCAUUAAGUUUGAACUUGUAAUUCCUGCUCCAGUUUUGACCAUCUUUGUGUCUGAUGCCCAAGAUUGCCAGCUCUUCAAUUUCUCCAAACAACAGCAACAGCAAAUGGAAGCAGAAAAUCUUAGUUUUCUAACAUAUUCAGUCCGUGUUUUACUCGUUAGAUGUUAGAGUAAUGUAGCUGUCUAAACAUUUCUCAGAAGAUGCUCUCUCACUGUCGUAAUGGUCUGGCUGCCGACUCAGCUACAGCUAUCCUUGAACUAUAUGGGAAGAACUGUGUGUUCUUGUUCUUCAGCCUCAGGUUGCUUCUUCUUUUGAAUCAAAAUUUUGUUUAAUUAUCCUGAGGCAAAAAGUGUUUCAAAUGUAGGAACUGCUUUUGGUUGGACAUAUUUACUUUCAUCUCACUCGCUUUUCCUGCAUGGAUGAGCUUUUGGGAAAAAAUUGGUUUUUGGCUUAAUAAAGAUUUCUAAUAUUAAUUCUUAAGUAUUUAACAAACAAGGUUUAUCAGAAAAGCUUUUUUCCUUAGAAUGGAAGCUGAUAAAUUUGAUUAUUUGACAGGUAAAAUCCAAAUAGAAGAACAGGAUUUCUGCACUAAGACACUUUCUUCCAAUGGCCAUUUUCUCCCUGUUUAGCUUUUUUAAAAAAAGGAUAACAGUAUAGAAGGAAGUAGAAUAACAACUGACUGUCUUGGAGCUGAGCUUCAACAUGUUAUUUUCUUGACCUUUACAUACAUUUUUUUUACCAUGUUUUCUUCUGCCAAAAUAGUGCAAUACAUUUAUUAGAGGGAUUUCCAGAACAGAAAAAUAGGAUUAUUGAUUGCAUUGCCUGUUUUAUUCAGUCACUCUCUGUAUAGUCAAUGAAUGUACCGAUAUAGUCAUCAGUCAUUUUAAUUUUUUUACUUCUGUCUUUCUCUGGCCCAUGUUUUUAUUUAUUCACUGGUUCCUGGUAAAGUGGCAGUUACACAGUACCUUUAUGGCGAUAACACAGCGUCUUGUCAUACAGCUUGUAUAUGUUGUUUUGGUGUAAUUGUAGUUGUCAUAAUUACAUAUGACACCUGGCUUAUUUCAGGGGUCAGAUCUUGUUCAAUGCAGUAAGUUUGCAAUGCAAAUAUGAUCAAACCAUGUAUAUUUAUUUGCUUUAAAAGUGACUAAAUCCAAACUAAACUACUGGUUUUGUGGAUAUAUAAAUUUAACAGGAGUACAUAUAUGUAUAGCCAGUGGAUUUUAAAUUGGGAGGAGCACCACAAUAAGGUUACUGCCAAGUUAAAAAUUGACUGUUGUUUUUUGUCACAUAUUCUUGAUUUUAGAUUUUAUUUUGAGAGUUUUGUAAUUUUUUAAAGGUUUUCAGACUGUAAAAGGGAAAAAGUCUGUGUACAUCCCAUUGAUCAUUUCAGUUGCCUUAUAUCACACAAUGAUGGUGUAAGUCAAGCCAGUACAGCCAAUAAUGAAGUCAUCAGGAUUUCCAAUGUAAUGAAUGUUUUGUUUUUGCUUGUUUUUACUGUAAAUAAAUACCCUGAGAAGUUUA